UGGUCGGGCUUCCCUAUGUCUUUAUGCUUUACCUUGCCUCCUAGUAAUAGCAGGAGGUUUUGUCCUGAAGGUGUGGCCUCGGAAGACCCUGCCCCGGGGAGGAAAUGGCUCACGCCGGUGCCCACCCCUCGGGCGGGCUUGCUGCUGUGCGCCCGUGAUGGGCACGACCACGAGGCUCUGCGCGCCCAGGAGAUUUUCCUAUAAAUGGCUCUAAACCCUAGUCUAGACUAUUUUCUGGGCUGUAAGGGAGACAAUUGCCUUCUUGUUCCUUGCUGCCGAGCCCUGGCUCUGGAGGGCUGACCUGGAAUUUACCCGGUCUUCCCUAAGCCACCAGAGGAGGACAAAAAACAGCGGCGACCUCGGCGGGACGCGCUCGCCUGGGGCUCCUGCCGUGCGUGCCGGCGUGCUCGGGUGUCUGGUCCUCCGUUUUCUGUUUGCCUGGGUACCGGAGCGUCAUGGACUGCAGUAACGGAUGCUCCCCAGGAUGUGCGGAAGGAGGAGGGUGCAAAGAGGUGGCCCAGACUUUCAAGGCUAAAGAUCUAAUAAUCACACCAGCCACCAUUUUAAAGGGAAAACCAGACCCAAAGGCUCUGGUUUUCGGAACUGUGUUCACGGAUCACAUGUUGACAGUGGAGUGGUCCUCAGAGUGUGGAUGGGAGAAACCUCAUAUCAAGCCUUUUGAAAACCUGUCACUGCACCCCGGCUCAUCGGCUUUGCACUAUGCAGUGGAAUUAUUUGAAGGAUUGAAGGCAUUCCGAGGGGUAGAUAAUAAAAUUCGACUGUUUCGGCCAAACCUCAACAUGGAUAGAAUGCAUCGAUCUGCUGUGAGGGCCACUUUGCCGGUGUUUGACGAGGAAGAGCUUUUAGAGUGUAUUCAACAGCUUGUGAAACUGGACCAAGAAUGGGUACCCUAUUCAACAUCUGCUAGUCUAUAUAUUCGUCCUACAUUCAUCGGAACCGAGCCUUCUCUUGGAGUCAAGAAGCCUAGCAAAGCCCUGCUCUUUGUAAUCCUGAGCCCAGUGGGACCUUAUUUUUCAAGUGGAACCUUUAAUCCGGUGUCCCUGUGGGCCAAUCCGAAGUAUGUAAGAGCCUGGAAAGGUGGAACUGGAGACUGCAAGGUGGGAGGGAAUUACGGCUCAUCGCUUUUUGCCCAAUGUGAAGCCAUGGACAACGGCUGCCAGCAGGUUCUGUGGCUCUAUGGAGAGGAUAAUCAGCUAACCGAAGUCGGGACUAUGAAUCUUUUUCUUUACUGGAUAAAUGAAGAUGGAGAAGAAGAACUGGCAACUCCUCCGCUAGAUGGCAUCAUUCUUCCAGGAGUGACAAGGCAGUGCGUUCUGGACCUGGCACGCAAGUGGGGUGAAUUUAAGGUGUCUGAGAGAUACCUCACCAUGGAUCACUUGACUACCGCCCUGGAGGAAAACAGAGUGAGGGAGAUGUUUGGCUCGGGUACAGCCUGUGUUGUCUGCCCCGUUUCUGAUAUACUGUACAAGGGUGAGCCAAUACACAUUCCAACUAUGGAGAAUGGUCCUAAGCUUGCAAGUCGUAUCUUGAACAAAUUGACUGAUAUCCAGUAUGGAAGAGAAGAAAGCGACUGGACAAUCGUAUUAUCCUGAAUGAGAAAUACGGGAUUCCAACUGUGUGCUGUUUGGGCAGACUGUUGCAUUUGAAUGGUGGUGGAUUUCUUUGACUACCUGUUAGAAGUUGUGCAUAAUGUAGUCUGUAUUAUCAGUGUGUUACAAGGGUGAUUGUUUCCUCAUGCCAGAGAAAAUGACUUGCAAUCAUCAAACGGUGUUUUGUAGACUCACUAGUCUUUUACCUUUCCUAGAAAAAUACUAACGUAAGCCAUAUAACAUAGGAUUUUCUCAGUGCUUUUACUGCCUCCCCUAGAGUUCACUCAGAUGUUAAAGUGUUUGUUUGUUCUUUAGUAUGAGCCAUGUUCUACUACUCAACCAAAUGUGAUUGUUUUGUGUUUGAAAGCUGAUUUGAGUACAUUUCACAGGUGACAUUUCCUGUAGCACAUCUUUAUCCUCAGAGAAUGUUUUUUUUUUUUUAAAUCAGUACUUUGAAAAACUAGAUUUCCUCCCAUCAUAGUGUUUUACAGGCCCCCUAUGCCCAUCCUAAGAUGAGUAUCUCCCUUCUUCCUGAUGUCACGCAUCCUGCUCAAGCUCACCUUGUGCUUCAGCAAGACCUGAGGACGUUUUUUGCCGCUGCCCUUUCCACCUUGUGUUGUCCUUGGCUGUUCAUCAGGCUACAAGACUGGGGUCUUGCGCCUUAUGGAUCUUUGUACAAAACCCCAAUGCCAGGCACAUAGUAGGCACUCAGUAAAUGUUCUAUGUAAUGAAUGAUGAACAUUUAGCUUCUAUAGAAGUGUACUUUCUUUGUUUCUAUAUUAUGAAACCUCUUUAUUCGAAUUGGUGAUUGAUUCUGAUAUGGUAUAUAUUUACCUCAUACUGUAUUUUCCAUAGGCUACUAAGUCAUUAGAGAUAUUAGAGGUAUAGUUAGUUGGAGGAAUCAUUUCAUAUUUGAACAUUGUCUUGGAAUUGAAGAUAUGGCUCUAGAGCGAGGUCAUGAUAUCAUACCAACCAAAUGGAAAUGACAGAUAUUAUAUGUUAAGUGUUAAAUGCAAAAGAAAUCAUCUUUUUGGGGAGGGGGCAGGGAUAGGAAGCAAAGAGGAUAUAUAAUAUAUACUCUGGUUCUGAGACUCUUUUUUGUAGGUGCUCUUUUCUUUUGACUGGGGGAUUGGAAGAGCAUGUGGAUAGGGUAAAGGGAGAGCAAUUAUAGUGGAUAUUUUCCUUAUUUAGGAGCUGUGAGUUAAAAUUGUAUCCUUGGUUUAUCUGGGGGAAAGUCAAAUCUUGAUAGAUAACAUUUAUCCUUGGAAGGUUAACUCUCAGACAUUGUGUUUUGGUUUCCCUUGGUCCUAAUAACUUUCAUCUUGCUGAUCAUAUUUUAUUCUCUUUGCAGAGCAAGGGGAAUAAAAACAUUGUAAAAGUUUGAUGCACUGGAAAAAUUUCCUUAAGGCAUUUAGCAACACAUAGCAAAUGGGCUUUGAUUCUUCUUCAAAACUUUUAGCCAUAGGGUCUUUUAUAGAUAGAAAUAAUAAAAUGAAAAUUAGAGAAGUAUAAGAUGAAAAGGAAUGGUAAAAAUAUCUUUUAGGGGGCUUUUAAUUGGUGAUCUGAAAUCUUGGGAGAGUCUGUUCUCAGGCCUUAGGUGCUUUUGACUGUCGCCUGCACACGUUCGCCAAGUAGUAUGCUAAGGGUAUGCUUUUGCCUUAGCUAAAUCCUUUGACUUCAUUCUUAACAUAAUAGUCUAGAAAAGACUUGCAGGUAAUUUUUAACUGUCAAGUAAAUAAUAACUAGACUUUGAUUCCUAUGAAAUAGAAAUUAUUUAUUUGCCAUAAAUAUAUUUUAUACUUUGCAUCUCUAAAUGUAGUAUGGCAAGUCAUGCCCAUUGUGAAAGUUAGAAAACAUAUUUGCACAAUUUCUUUUAUAAAACCUUACGAGCAUUUUAAGCUCAUUGUACCAGACCUAGUGAAGACUAAGGGUAUAGAUACAUUUUUAAAAACUGAAGAUCUUCUAAUACAGAGAACACAAUCUGCCAUUCUCAUUUAAGUAAUAAGACAGGAAAUUGACCUUGACACUGACUUGUUAAAUAGAUUUAAAAGGAACAUCUGCACAUCUUUUUUUCCUUGUGCACUGUUUGUUUAAUUGCAGUGGAUUAAUACAGCAAGAGUGCCACAUUAUAACUAGGCAAUUAUCCAUUCUUCAAGACUUAGUUAUCGUCAUGCUAAUUGAUCAUUUAAGGCAUAAGAUAGUGUAGCAUUAGGAACAUGUGAAGCUAAUCUGCUCAAAAAGAUCAACAAAUUAAUAUUGUUGCUGAUAUUUGCAUAAUUGGCUGCAAUUAUUUAAUGUUUAAUUGGGUUGAUCAAAUGAGAUUCAGCAAUUCACAUGUGCAUGAAUAUAAACAGAACUGGUGGCAUUUAAAAUGAUAAUGAUUAACUUAUUCUGCAUGUUCUCUUCCACUUUUCCAGUUUUUACAUUUCAGACCAAGUUUGUCAGCUUUUUCCCAAAACACAUCAGUAGAAACCGAGAUUUUUAAAAUGAAGGGUCAAGAUAUGGACAAAAGUUGAGCAUUUCCUAAAAGAGAUUUGCUAUUAGAAAUUUUCUUCGUUGUGGUUAUUUAUUAAGGAUUCAACUCAUGACACACCAGUAGAAGAGUCAACUUCAGGGAUGUGUCCCACGCUCUCUGGUACAGGGAUGAGUAAGUUUAGAACACAUGCUUUAGCCUUUGCUUUCAGAAGCACAAAGGAAAAGGGAAAGUUAAAGAAGUGACUGAGAAACCUUGUUAGUCUUCUACCUGGUAAACCCUCUCUAUUCUUUUCUCAAAAGAUUGCUGUAAGGAGGGGAAAAAAAUGAAGAGGCAGGCAGCCCCAAGAAAGCACAGAGUAACAUCAGCUAUAUGGUAAUAUGUGAUGUCAGCAAUCCUGCAGACAUGGGAAACAUACAUUACACACCCUGUGUUAAAAUUCCUCACGAUAUUGGUUUUGUUGCAUGAUAAAAUUAUACCUAAACCAGUAGUCUUGUUUGCCCCAAAUCCUCAGGCACUUGAAGGUAAUGAAUGAGUCUAUCUCAGCCAAAAGAAUUUGAGGAACAUUUUGUUAAAGCUUCAGUUUCAGUUCUGCUUUUGGGGAAUUGUGCUAUGAAAACAGAUGCCAAAGUAAACAUUUUCCCCAGUCACAUUCAGUGCUCAAUCACUGCAUUCUGUUUCAUUUUUUUCACAUUGUAUUUUUGGUCUGUGGUUAUGAUUGGAAAGAAUGUAUUUUAAGCACAAAGUAACAAUACUUGUUCACUUUCAAUGAGCGAUAGUUCUUAAAACAUUUAAAGCAAUAAAUAUUCAUUGGAUGCAAUAAGGGUUAGAGAAACCCCUUAUUUCAUGUCCUGAUUCUAAAUAUGAUCAAAGAUGACUCUUCCUUGUAAAGUGGAUUUGUUAUGUGGAUGUGCAGAAACUUUAGGUAAAAAUAGUAAUACCAUCCUGUAGGUUUAGUGGACAUUUUAUAAUAACUGUCAUUUUGUUGUGCCUCAAGUAGAAUUUGUUCAGCUCUCUGUUUUUCAUCUGUAAGUAUCACCUAUUGACAAAGACCAGGGAGAUGAAGAUUAUAGUUAAUUUGAUAAAUGUUGGCUGAGCACCCACAAAUGUGUAUUUAGCCCAACCAGCAAUAGCGAUUAGGAAGUUAGUUUUAGAAAAUAAAUGGCUAUAGACAUUACCCUUAUGGAGUUCAUAUUCUAUUUCUUGAACUGAUUUUAACUAUAAUAGCAAUCUUUAAUAGUUAGAUAAUAAGGAGGUGAAAGCCAGCACACAUCUCUUAUCAAGAAAUCACAAUGAACAUUUCAUGUCAUUUUUAAAGGAAACUUAUCCUUUAAUUCUUUUCUCGUAGUGCAGAAGUAAGUAGUAAGGUUAGUAUUUAGGCUUACUCAGCCACUUCCUAUCUGGUGUGAAUUACCUCCUCCUUAUUUACUGUUUUCUACCAACUUAGUGCAUUCGUUGACUGCAUAUUUUUUGAAGCAAAACUAAAACCACAGAUUACAGCAUCCUUGCUGAUUUUCUUCAAUUCAAAGCUGGAUUAUAUUGAAGUAAACAAAGAAAAUGAUCCCAGAGUGAAUUUUUCUAGAAAAUGUCUAUUAUGAAUCAAGCUGUUUAAACUGUUAACUUGAAGGUGAUGAAUCCAGCUACCCAGAAAAUAGCUUUCAUAUAUCCAUGAUUUUUCACAGUUUGAGGUUUUAAAUAAGAAAGACCAUUUAAACUAUUGCAAAGAUAUUAAUUUUUGUCAUCGCCAAAAAGCCUGUUUAAAGGUAGAAGUGGUUUAUUGUUCAUCUUCAGAAUGUUUACCAUAAUAAAAGACUUGUCAGCUUUUGGGAGGUAAUGAAACAUAUAAACAGAGUAUAGUAGUAUUUGUUUGUAAAUAAUUCCCUGGCAUCAGAUGUAUGUAAACACAAUUGCUUUAAUAAAUGAUAAAGGCAUAAAAUUUGGUCUUAGAAAUUGAGGUGCUCUUUAAAAUAUGCUGGAUACAGGUACUGAAGUUUUAAGUCAUCUUAUUUUGUCUGAAAGUGUAUUUUUCAUACUACAAUAGACCCAAUUAACAAGACCUAGAACUUCAGUUCCAUAAUGUUCAAUAUAUGAAACCUACUGUUGGGAUGGAAAGAAUUGUAAACUGUGGUAUAGGAAUGAAUUAAAAUAUAUUAAUAGUUUCACUGACAGAUUAUACAUUCACUAUCACAAUUUAGAAAUUGGUCAAAUAUUAGUUUUUAUCCAAAAUGUGCAACAACACACUGCAAUUUCCUUGAACUAGUUUUACAUGAUUAUUAAAGUCAUUCUCAGGGUUAUGAAAGGAAUGCAAAUAUCUGCCUCAAUUUGAACUUCACUGAUAAGUUUUGGAAGAGUGCAGGAAUUCUCUCAAGAGUAUGGCUGUCAGCAGGUUUUGAAUCAGGUCUUGAAAGUAAGCUUGCUAAUCUGCAUGCAUCUAUAAAUUCUGUAGAGGUUUUCCCGGUAACUUAACAAUGAAUAAUCCCACAAUACACACCCUGUUGGCUAAUAUUAAUACAUGGAGCUGAAGCCUGACUCACUGUUCCUUGUUUCUAAGAAUUUGUGUCUACUUGGUAAUGGUGGCUGAGGGAAGAUAGCUUGAGGAAGUCAUUUUUAAAUUAGAGCUUAAAGGUAGGAACUGAAUAUCAGCUUAACUAUGAAAUUUUUGGAACCUGUUCUCUUGUACCUGACUCUGAUUGCAAUUAGUAAUGUGACGAUAAUCCCGGGCCAUUGCAAAUCUUAAAUGUCUCCAGUUGUGUAGUGACUCUUGAAAUUCCCUUUUAAGAAAAAUUGAGUAGAAAGAAAUAAACGCUUUGUAAAUGAGGCUUUGGUUUCACGAAAGAUUAUUUAAAGGUUAUGUUAAAAAGAUUUCAGCUCACUAAAAGUAUCAUAAUGGAAAUGUGGAAAAUACAGUAGGUAAAGGAAACUACCUCAUUCCGUGAAGGUUUUUGUAGAAGCACAAUUAAACAUUCUAAAACGGCUUUGUCACGCAAGAGCCAUCUGGUGUGAAGAACUAUUAUGUUUGUAUGUCAAAAGUACCUGGAAUAAUUGUAUUUUGCUGGCAAUAGACACAUUCUUUAUUGUUUUCAGGUUCCUCACCAAAUCUGUAAUUAUGCACAGUUUCUGUCAUCAAUAAAACAACUGGAAAGAAUCCUGUU